AAUUAAUUAAAUUAAAUUGUAUAAGUUACAGUAAAAAUAAAUAGUGGAGCUUGCUUCAAAGAUGUUUGRUGGACUUAAUUCUUUACUUGAUUUGAAGGAGUCACAGUCUAUUAAGGGGAAGUUCAUCUUACUCUCAGAUAAUCAAAAUGAUGGAAGUUUUUUAGUCCAUUAUUUCCUAUCUCUUUAUAUCAGAGGUGGUUUCAAUGUCUAUUUCAUUGCUCUCUCACAAUCAAUAGCACAUUACACUAGUGUAGCACAAAAGUUGGGAAGUAAUCUUCCAGCUGCAAUUGAUAAUGGACAAGUAGAAUAUAUCGAUGGACUUAAACUAUUAUCAAACAGUCUUGGCAACAAUGACAAGAUAAGCAAUAAUCCAUUUAGUAACAUAAGAGAUUCAACAUUUUCUCUUCAAAUGUUAUACAACCAAGCUAAGAUGUUUGUUCAAAACUCAAGUGCACCGUGCCUUUUACUAGUAGAUGAUAUGAGUGUCUUGCUCACUCUUGGUGUCUCAGUGCAAAAACUUCUGGACUUUAGUAUUUACUGUACAAAUCUGAUGUGUCAUCAAGAAGACCAGGUUGACAGAUGUUUUGCAUGCCUUGUACAUUGUGAUGAUGAUGUAGAUGAUGAUGAAUCAAUGUUGCUGUGGAAACAGCUUCGUCAUAUUGCUAACAUUGAAUUACAUGUGGAAGGCUUGAGUAGUGGAUAUUGUGUUGAUGUUCAUGGUCAGCUAAGUAUUAMAAAUAAAGAUGACGUCAGGAUGCAGCCCUCAAAGCAUGCUGUAACACAGUUUAAAGUUCAAGAUAGAAUUGUCCAUUUUUUUGCACCAGGAACCUCUAAAGCAGUUUUGUAACCUUUAUUUAUGAAUUUGCAGCAAUAAACACUUCAAAUUGCGAGA